ACUCUGGAUUCUUUUCCCACUAUUUUUGAACAAAUAUAGCCAACUUUCAGUGAAUCCAUACCUGUGUCCAUCCAAUUAAGGGUCAGUUUGGAGACCAAACCAGACUCCACCACACCAGGGGUCGUCAGUCACUCUUUGGAAUGCAGGCACUCCCUCUCCAUGGGUGUUUAUUCAACAAAUAUCUCAGUGGGAAAGACAGUGGAAUUUACAUUAUAUAAGCUAUAAUUUCCACUCUUGAUAUCUGUAUGUGGUUUGACCCUGGCUUUGGAUGAGAGGGACAUCCCUGGAAUGGAUGUAGACCGGUUCAUUUUUAAGUGCAUGGAUUUGUGAUAUUACAGUGUACCAUAGUCAAAGUUUGCUACAGCAAAGUUGUAAAAGUCGAACACAUUUCAGAACUCAACUUUGGCCAGUUUUGCCAUAACCACUGAAGCCAUAUAAUGUGUGCAUGUACAUGAAGGCUGCUAUUUGUUUUGACACUGAGUGUAAACUCUUGUUUUGGUUUUCCUUUUUAAAUUUUGUUUGUUUGUUUGUUUGUUUGUUUGGAAGGGAUUCAAGGUUUUCCGUUACACCUGAAAUGGUGACACCAACUACACGGUGAAUAGAUGUAAUAUAGUCUUUCUUUUUGUAUAGGCAACAGGCAGAAGUGAACCUUCUAUUAAAGGUUAUGAACUAUGAUUAAGAGACUUGGAUCUUACAGGUUUUUUAUUUUUAGUAUUGAAUAGUAGUUAUGACAGUGCACUUUGUAGUCUAUACAUGUGCAUGCGUGCGUAAUAUUUGCCCAUAAAACAGCCGUAUCCUUCAUAGGCAACUGUGUAUACGUGUACAUGUAUAUAUGUGCAAACCAUUGUGUUUGUGUUUCUGACCCCAAACAAGUCACUAACAGAACAAAGCUGAAAUAUUUCAUUGUUGAUUGUCAUGCUUGGGUGCUGUAAGUUUUGCCAAACUGUUGUUUCACUUUUCCAGGAAGAAAAAGUGUUUGUACCAGAGAAAUGGGAACAUGCGUGUUCCUGUAUAAAGGAACAUACUUGUGAAAACAUUUUGGGUACUUUUUCAGUGUACAUGAUGUCAUUUUGGUAGAAUGGUGACAAGCCAACCAUAGCCUACUGAGAUCAUGACAUGUAAGAAAGGAGUGGCUUAACAGUGAGGCACCAUGCCAGAUAAGAAGCAAAACCAAGGCCGAAAGAAGCAAGCUCCAAAAGGGCAAGCAGGCAAAAACCCCGCCCGCCGGACUUCGGCUGGUAAGAGCCCUGCUCGUAGUGCCGCAGGCAAGAGCCCUGCUCGUAAUGCUGGCCCAGCCGGUAGUGCUGGCCCAGCCCGAACUGCUGGCCCUGCCCGGAGCAGCCCCACCUCUCGAAAUGUUGCACCGAGCCAACCCAGACCUCCUCACAGCCCUUCGAUGCCGUACGGCUAUGACAACUCAACGCACUACAGCCGGCCACCGAGUGGCACCGGUGCAAUGGUGACAGCAGGGCAGGACUUCCAGCAUGUGGACCCUCGCUACUCCCAGCAGGAACAGCAGCGCCUGCAGGAACAGCAAUAUCUGCAGGAACAACGGAGUCUGCAGGAACAGCAAUAUCUGCAGGAACAACGGAGUCUGCAGGAACAGCAGCGCCUGCAGGAACAGCAGCGCCUGCAGGAGCAACAAUACCUUCAUCAACAGCAGCAGCAAUACCCAGAAGAUUUCUCCUACAGACAUUCUCCCAGGAUGGAUGGUCGUUACUCUCCAAGAAUGGGUGGUCGGCAGUCACCCAGAUUGGAUGGGCAGCCAUCUCCGCGACUGGAUGGGCGUCACUCCCCGGCCCUCAGCGGGAGGAGUUCACCCAGGUUUGAUGGUCGGGCCUCGCCUCGCCUGAGUGCCCGGAACUCACCUCGCCUGGGGGACAGGCGCUCAGCUCGCCUGGCAUAUGGGGAUGAGGACUACGACCCGCACAGCUCGUACAUUCAGAUGGGAAAUAUUAACCCAGCCUUCUCGGAGCCAGAGACAAGCCCAGUUGUCUCGCCCAAUGACCUCCGGCCAGGUGAUCCUUACCAACGCGACCGCAGCGUGUCCAACGCCUCUAGUGUGUCCUACCGUUCCAGCAAUGAGGACGAAAAUGAGAUCAUUGAGAGGGAGCUGAUUGCCGCUAACCUACGGGAUCCAUCCUCAGUAAUGGAAAUGCUCCCCAGCAGACAGCUAGGCCGAACCUUAUCGUCCGCUACCUCAAGCAACAAAUGGCUCCGCAAACGCUCCCAGAAGUCCCUGCGCCGUGGGCGUUCCAUGUCAGCGUCUUCAAAAAGGCAGGGGGGUGAUGACAAUCUCAACGUGGAGAUGAUGAUUGAGCGGAUCCUGGCUGACGAGGACAGCGUGGAGGGGCGUGGCAGGGGGCACUCCCUCAACCGGAAGAACACCAUCCGCAACAUACAGGGGAGCCUGGGCACCAAGCGGAAAGUCAGGGCAGAAAUACAGAGGCUAUCCGACAAGAAGAAGCACAAGUCAGUGGGACUGUUUAAGUACUGGCGCUACCAGACAUCAUAUGGCUGGGAGAGCUUCAAGGAGUGGCUUUACAACUUGACCUACUCCCUGGAGCUGUGGCGGGCUCCCAUCAAGAAGAUCGAGGGCCACUUUGGCAGCGGGGUCAAGUCCUACUUCAUCCUGCUCAAGAUGCUCCUACUUCUCAACAUCCCUGUCUUCAUCCUCUCCUUUGGCUUCCUCACCAUCCCCCAGCUGCUCUACAUGCCCAGCCCCUCGCAGAACAACAGCCGGCCCUUCACGGGGGCGGAGCUGCUGACUGGUCAGGGUUGGUUUAUUGAGACAGAGCUGUACUUUGGCUAUUAUACCAAUGACACCUUUAGUCUGAUAGGCAAUGCCUAUUACAACAUGCCGGUCGCUUACCUGUUUGCCAGUGGUGGAUACCUACUGCUCAUCUUUGUAGUCUUGUCUCAAGGCAUGUCUAAGACGUACCGUAAAUACUUCAUCACCGGCGACCGGCAGCACAACUUCUACACUCCCAAAGUGUUUUGUGGCUGGGAUUACGGCAUCACAUCUGGCAGCACGGCCAAGCUCAAACAGCGCAGCAUCUUUCUGGAACUGGCUGAGCAUCUAUCCUCCCACCACCGCUCCAAGAAGCGAGAUUGGGCUUUCAAGAUCAAGUGGGCUCUGUUCAGGCUGACCAUGAAUGUUCUCGUCUUGGCCAUCAUCGCUGGGGCAUCUUACCUCAUCUUCUUCGUAUACAAGAAGAAGGCAUUCUCGACCGAUGUGAUUAUCAUAGGAGACCUAGCCAUAGCCCUUCUGGUCAGCGGCUACAACCUGAUCCUGCCCUACAUCUUCAGUGUCAUUGGCUACUUGGAGAAAUACGAAAACCCGCGGGUUACACUUUAUUUCUCUCUGUUCAGGACAUUCCUGAUGAAGGCUACCAUCUUGAUCGUGUUGGUAUACCAUUGGUUCAGCCAGAUUGAGUGCAAGGGCGAUACUGUGGCUGACACGCUGCCAUGCACGUGUUGGGAGACAUUUCUUGGUACCGAGGUCUACAAGCUUGUGAUAGUGGACUUUAUUGUCCAGAUUCUGGCGACGUUCUUCUUGGAGUUCAUCAGAAGGGUUGGCCGUGAUCAUUGCUGUAAAUGGUUUGCGUCACCAGAAUUUGACAUCGCCAGGAAUACGAUGGACCUGAUCCAAUCUCAGACAUACACAUGGAUUGGUAUGUUCUUUGCUCCUCUCCUGAUGAUCAUCUGUAUCAUCAAAUUGAUUCUGCUCUUCUACAUCAAACAGGUGAGCGUGUUGUACAACUGCAAGCCCUCCCUUCGUCCCUGGCGUGUCGGCAUCACUCAGACACUCUUUUACAUCAUCCUCUUUAUCAUGUAUGCCAUCUGCAUCGUCGCCUUGGGAUACAGCUUUACCAACAUUCCACCCUCACAAGAUUGCGGCCCAUUCCGAGGCCUGAACUCUGUGUACGAAGUGUUCACCCAACUAGUCAACCAAUGGGAGGAGACACAACAAGCAUGGAACUUCAUCAUCAACUUCCUGACCACACAAGGGGUAGUGGCUGCGAUCGUCGCUCUGCUCUGCUUGGCUGUGUACUACUUCAGAACAGUGACCGUGGGGCGCCAGGCUACCGUCAAACGGCUUAAGCAACAAAUUGCACUGGAGGGCAAAGACAAACUGUUCUUACUGAAGAUGCUGCAGAACGCCAUCAAGAACCACAACUCGCUGCGGGAGGGCGGCGGUACUACCGUUGACCCAGCAGCAGUGGCAGCCGCGAUCCCACCGCCCAUGCAAAAGGGAAGGAAGACGCACACCAAGGUGCGGGGAGGGAUCCACACCGCACUCUCACCGAAGGUGCAGGAUGCGGUGAACAGCGCCGAUGUCAUCAUUCACAGAUCUUAGAGACGCAAUGACGUCAUCACUGAGAGGCGUCUGAUGUACAUCCUGACACAAGUCCCCCCCUUGUGGUUUGUACUGGGUGUCCUUGUUUUAUCUCUGUCGUAGUGGAAUACUUGACAAACAGUUUGCUUAUUCUUACAAUUGGUUCAAAAGCCUCCAAGUCUCAGCUUGAGCCAUAGGCCAUUGAUCAAAGACCAAAGACUGUCUCUUUGUUUUUUGCACCCAUUGUAGCAAUGGAAGUUCUUGGGAAAGUACUCCUGAUCCUGGCAAAGAACAUGUCAAAUACUUGUGAAGUACUUGACACCAACACUGCAUUUUAAACUUUCAUUUUCUGUUGGGUGACUCAGAAGACAGAGUAAGGUUGCAAUUAAUGCACGCACAUUAACAGAAUUUGAAUGUGAAAGGUAUUUGCUUUAAAGACUCAAGAGACUAGUUUGGGCUCAUAAGUGCAGCCGAAACUUUGACACAUUUGUGAAAACCUCACAGAAUUUCAAAUUCUUUCAAAUUCACCACGAAUAUUAGCAAUCCGACGCCAGGUUCACUGGAUGCAAGGGAACUGCAUGUUGUAUCCCAACUAGGGAAUCUGAGGUUGAAAAAUUUAUGCUGGUGAAUGGCGACUGCGGAAACAAACUCUGGAUUUUUUUCUCAGUGCAAAAAAAAAGAAAAGGACACACACUAAGACAAACGAUAUGUUCAAUGACUUUCUCAAUGUCUGUUUUUAGUUUUAACAAAACAUUUUUAUGCAUUUAAACGUUCAACUUGGUAUUUGUUGGUGUCAUCUGUUUAAAAUUUUCAAACAUUAUAUUAUUUUUGAACCGAUGAAUUGUUUUUAACAUUGUCACCAGCAGAGUGUACCAGAAAUUUGAAUCUGUCUUGGUAUUUUUAAUCAACCCAUAUUGAUAGUAAAUCCAUGUUAAGGUGAUUGUUACAUCUGGUUUGUGUUCAUUAUGCUGUCUUGUUCAGCCCUGUACUUUAUAAUGAUAUCCAUUUCCUUUGAAACAUUUCAUAGCAUUUGUGAAGGAUGGCAUUUGUAAAUUUUAGCCUUGUUCCAGUAGUAAGCACAUGGCUUUAUCAUUCAUAAUUUAGGUGGCUUUUGGUCCUUGUUGUAAAUAUUCCAAGUUCCAAGCAAUUUAAUUGAAUGCGACUUUAAAAAAGGUUUGGUGCAGUCACUCUUUUUCUGGAAAUUCAGCAUGAAUUUGUGGCUGGAAUCAGUCCAGCAUAAAUAAAAUUCCCAAGUGGGACACAUUUUCAUGGUGUUUUUAAUAACUGGAGUCAUUUCUGGGUUUUGGGCAACACCAUGGUUUGUGUAAUCCUGAUACCACUCGUGGAUUGAUUUUCAUUGAAAACACUUCAUGACUUGCACAAGUGAAUUCCAGUAGGUCACAAACGUGAGAUCACAUAGGAAUGUAAAAUUGCUCUCUUCAAUGUGAGCACUGUAUUCACCACCAUAAGUUAUUCUCAAGUUGCUUUUUACAAAGAUGGAGAAUCAUGCUGCUCUUGAAAUGCUGCGCACUGUUGAAACAUCUGCAGAAUGCUUUUUCUUUACAGAUUGGAACUCUUGAAAUUCCAAUUAGAGUUGGCCCAAAAUGGUCAGGUGCUGCCUAGAAUCAACUCUUGGGGAAUUAGAACUAACUGCCACAGGGAAUCGGAUCCUUCAAGGAACUAAAGCUUGAGUCCAAUUCUGUGUAUGGAAGUCAAUUCUUUGAGUUUCUUUGGGGAUCACCAGCCAAACCUCAUGAUAAAUUUAAGAGUGUGUGAUUAUGUCAUUGAAACUGCUUACAAAUAAAGAUAGAAGCAAUAUCUGUCAACUGAAAUCUAAGUGACCUUUUGAGGUCACAAAGAAUUCAUCUUUUUAAUGUUUUAAUUCUCUACUUAGAUGAAAUAUCGAUUUUAGUCAUCAAAUUAAUUCAUGGGCAUUUUAGUUAUUAGUUCACUAUUUUUCAGAUUUUUUUUGAAGAUACCACUAAAGGAAAACUUAUUGACUCUUUCCCCUUGCUUGGCUAAAUCAAGUUUGCUAAAAAAAAAUCAAACAUAAUAGCAUGGCUUGGCUUGGCUUGUGCAGACAUAGGUUGUAAUAUUUUUCCAAUAUCCUGUUCAUGAGUGUGACAUGAUUGCAUUUUAACCCUAACCAUGCUGAACCCAACAAUAUCCAACAGUGGGCACUUUCUGUUGGAGUUUGUCGAUGAGAGAAAUGAACAAAAGGCCUUUGUUCUUGCCGUUGGAUUUUGUUGGAUUCAGCAAGCUUCACACUUCUUUUGUUGUUGUUGUAUUCUGUUGGGUUCACCAGGGUGCCUUGAUAAAACUCCAAGUGGUUAGGGUUGAACCAUGCCUGCAUUGUACAUGGUAUGGCAGUGGAACUGAUGGUCUGUAAGUAGUGCAUAGUUGGUAGAUCAGCCUGAGGGAUAUUAUAAUUUGUAUGUGUCAUUAUAAAUGCAUGGCGUUUUCCUUGAUUUCUUCAUUUUCUCCUCAAGUGGUGCAUUGUGAGUAAAGUGUGACCUCGGAACUGGCAUCUCAUUGGACAUGGAGAAAAACAAUUUGGGGGGAGUGAUCGCAACGUUUAGUCUUGUCAGUUUUAAGCCUACUUACGUUGUUCAAACAGGGAGGGUCAACCAUUGUUUUUCAGAGUGCCGUGUAAGUAGUAAUUUAUGAAACAUUUGUUAUGUAGACACUGUAAAAUAAUUCUUCAGCUGAAAGUCCUGAAGUAGCAUUGAUUAUAAUGGCAGAUAUGCUCUUACGGUAGUUUUAUCAUUCGUAAUAUUUGGAAGACAAUGAAGAUUUGUUUAAUUGUUUUAGUUAUUGUUACAUUAGGUGUUAAUAUUUUAAUGAAAGAAAUUGUAAUUUAUCAUUUAGGUCAAAUACAAUAAUUUUGCAUUAUCAAGAACGUGGUGUGAUUAUGCAUAACAUGAUCUGGGCCCAAUUUUUCGGCAUUGUUUGCCAUUGAGCAAAUCUUUUCGCUGACCACAACACAUGAUAUGCUUAAUGGUAAGCGUAUUUUGCAGCGAACAUUUUUUGGUUGCUGUGAUCAGCAUAGAAAUUGCAUGGGCAGGUGUAGAGAUUUGCAUUGUUAUGUCACUGAGUCGAGCGCAUUUUUUCCCUCUGAGAUUAGCAUGCCUAUUGCAUUGCUUACUGCUUACGAUCUGCAUGAAAUAUGUGGAGCCACUGUAAGCAUAAAAUCGUGUGCUUAGCAGCACUGUGAAAUUGGGCCCAGGUCUUUACGGUGUACUGAAUUAAUUUCCAUUGAAUAUAUCCUGGAUCGUUGUACCUAUGUGUAUAUAUUGAUAAUGUGUUACAAAUGCUUACAUGAUGCAAAAUGGUUAGUGGAUUCUAGAUGUUGAUCACCAGCGGCGGGAUGAAGAAAGAAAGAAAUUUGUGACAUGGCAAACCUGAAUGACUUGUGAGGACUUACAGUGGACUAGUAAGGACUUGCAAUCAACUAGUGAGGACCUGUGAAGAUUUUACUGCAGUUUUUUCUGGCACACUGGAAGGCAACUUCAUGUCACAUGCUUGAUUGGCUAAUGAAUUCAAUUUUUCCUGAAGACAUUGGGAGAUUACAAUUUUUCAGGAAUAAUUGUCUGAUUUCACAUCCGAGAUCAAGGUGUCAAGUACUUGUAAAAAAACAAAUCAACCGGAUGAAGCCUUAGUGCAUGCCCACCUGUGCAUACCUCUGAGCCUGAAACCGAAACUAAUGGAUAUGUCUUCCAGCCUUGGGUGCGUCAUCCAUCGUUUAUGUGCAGAUUAAAACCAAAAACAAACCAAACAAGAACAGAAAUCAGUUGAUCCUGCACUCAUUUGUACAUUUACUUGAAAAUGCGAGGUGCUUAUAUUUUACCAAAUUUAAUGUGGCUGUUCUGAGGUGCAAACAUUUUGAAACGAAUAGACAAUCUUUUUGUGUAAAAUUUUCCCAUUUUUAUCAGAUCAAUUAUCUUUGAGCAAUUAAUUAUACCUCAAAAAUUUGCAGCACUGAGAAAAAAGGAUACAUUUGAAGAGUAUUUUACACAGACUUUUGUACAUGUGCAUGAAUUUAUUUGUAAACAGAAAUGAUGGCUUGGUUUUUGGAAAGGAGUGGGUUUGGUGAGUUUUACUUACACCGCUGCCUUGAAUGGGUCCAAUGAAGUUGAGUAAAUCUUGUACAGUAAUAAGUGAAUUGGCACACGCAAUAGAGAGCAAGAUUGCAUUUCACACAUUAAGUAUUAUUCAUUCGUUGAGUUAUCAAUGCUGUUUGAAUAUCUUAUGCAAGUGGAAUUAAGUACAUGUAUUUUAUCAGUCAUUCUCUUUAUUUUAAUACAUGUAUUUAUCUUGGUGAUUUUUGUAACGAAUUAUGGAAUGAUGCAGAAAACACUAUAUUUUAUGGAUCAAGUACAUAAUUAAAUGCAGUUAUAUAUACUGGAA